CGUUCUAGGAACAGAUAUUCCUUUCGUUAAAAGAUUCAGAGCAUGCACAUUUCUCGACUGACAGUACCCGUGACAACUGCAGCUAAGGCUCGGCUAUUGAGUAGUGUUGCUUCUAGCAAAUUCAAAAUCUCGCACUCGGUUAAAGCGGCGCUGAAGAGUGGCCAGCCGGUUGUAGCGUUGGAAUCCACCAUCAUUAGCCAUGGGAUGCCAUACCCUCAGAAUGUAGAGACUGCUAUGGCUGUAGAAGAUAUCAUCGUGAAGAACGGCGCUGUUCCUGCUACAAUUGCUAUACUUCAAGGGAAGGUUCACAUAGGUCUUGAGAAGGAUGAGCUGGAGCAGCUGGGCAGCUUCGGGAAGAAUGCUCGAAAGACGUCUAGACGAGACAUCCCUUUCGUAUUAGCCAAUUCACUUACUGGCGCUACUACCGUGGCUGGUACUAUGGUUUUAGCACAUGCUGCUGGAAUUUCAGUUUUCGUUACUGGUGGCAUUGGCGGAGCCCAUCGCGGUGCUGAGAAGACCAUGGAUAUUAGUGCCGACCUGAUGGAGCUUGGUAAAACACCUGUAGCGGUGGUGUGUGCUGGAGCCAAAAGCAUUUUGGAUAUACCAAAGACUCUGGAAGUAUUGGAAACGCAAGGUGUUCCGGUCACAACAAUUGGAGAGAGUGCCGCCUUUCCUGCAUUUUAUACUCCUGAUAGCGGCGUCAUGAGCCCAUGUCAAGUUCCAGACGCUUUGGCGGCUGCAAAAAUGAUCCAUGCAAAUCAGGAGAUGCAAUUACAGAAUGGCAUGGUAUUUGCAGUCCCUAUACCUGUAAAACAUGCAGCUGACAGUCGUAAUAUUGCGAAAGCUAUUGGAUCAGCUCUUAAGGAAGCUAGUGAUUUUGGCGUACACGGAAAAGAAGCAACCCCAUUUUUACUGAAGAGAAUAACCGAAAUUACAAAAGGAGACAGUCUUAAAGCUAAUAUUGCCCUGGUGAAAAAUAAUGCUGCAAUGGGAGCUCAAAUAGCUGUAGAGUUAGCCAAACUCAAGAUGACGCCGGAAGCAUGAUGACAAUCUGAAGGGGGCUCACAUUCUACAGUGUUAAAAUAAAUUUAUUUACUAGGAUUUGUAAACAAAUUCAUCGA